UAAUUAUUUUGUUUACAAAAAUAAAUGCUGACUCACGGACUGACGCACAAAUGUUUUGAUACCUAGUUGAUAAAUCUAAGCUCCUCAUGAAUAGGUCAUUUUGCUUAGCCGCUGUCUUACUAGCUGAGCAUCCACACAUACCCAUAAUGGUGGGGAGUAAUUUCCCAAUUCUCAAUCAUCAGAAGCUAGUGAAUUUUAAGGAAUUCAGGUUUAGAGAAUCUCCCGUGUAUGCCGAACUGCCGAUAGACGAAAAUCCAGUGUACAAUGAGCCUGUGGCUGUGAAAAAUGCAGUCUUUUCCAAGGUGCCCACCGAACCUUUAACAGGGAAGCUUCACUUAGUGUGUGCUUCGGAGGACUGUCUCACCAACAUCCUCAAUCUGGACCUGGCCUGCGCAGAGACCGAGGAGUUCAUCGACUUCAUUGCUGGAAAGUAUCUGCCUGAUGGAGGACUGACUGUCUGUCACAGAUAUGGAGGUCACCAGUUUGGCUUCUGGGCUGAUCAGCUCGGGGAUGGAAGGGCACACAUUCUUGGGGAGUAUGUCAACCGCAAGGGCGAAUCCUGGCAACCCCAGCUUAAGGGGUCGGGUGAGACCCCAUACUCUCGCUUCGGGGACGGUCGCGCGGUGCUCCGCUCAUCCAUCAGGGAGAUGAUAGCUUCGGAAGCGUGCCAUCACCUUGGCGUACCAACUACCAGGGCCGCGGCGCUUGUAGGUAAGGCUUCAAGACUUCAAGGGGUCUGUGAGACCCCAUACUCGCUUCGGGGACGGUCGCGCGGUGCUCCGCUCAUCCAUCAGGGAGAUGAUAGCUUCGGAAGC